GUCUAUAACAGACAUGUUCCACUGUCAAAUUUGGUUGUCAUGUACUUAAAUUAAUAAACGACAUUUAAUCAAUUUACUUGCAAUACAUAUUUAUAAAUUAGUUUUAUUAUAAAUUCAAACAAUGUUAAUACCUACUUGUCUGAUCAAACUCACCGAACUUCUUUUAACAAUAGCAUGCCUAGUGCUUCACCACUACAGUUACGACCUCACAGACGUGCCCACUCUGAUCUUAUGCUCCGGAACAUAUGUUGGCUUCAUAGUGGUGCUUUCGGGAGAAAUAGUCGGGGAGAUGAUAUUCGCGCCGCUGGAUCUUCUCCAAGACAUGUAUUUUGGCAUUGUGGGGAUGAUCAUGUUCUCCCUGUGCGGCGGCUUGGUGCUCUCCGCGCGGAUGAAGUCCUCGAUCGUGCCUCGCACCGGAGAUCCCACGGCUGGCACUGUGGCAGCAAGUCUGGCCCUUAUCAACGCUUUACUCAUGUUCCUGGAUCUGAGCAUGGGAUAUUUGGACUCUGAGGAAUUGAACGAGGAAACGAGCGUGUGAUAGGGAGGCGGUGUCGGCGACGUCAGACGCGUUCGUGGACGCGUGGUGGUCGUGCGCCGGCGCCGUGCUGUUCGGCGCGUGCGGCGCGCUCACGCUGCUCGGCUGGCGCGACGUGCCCGACUGCCCGCGCCGGACGCAUGC